AUGACAACCGAUGAAAGAGCCCAUUUUUGGCUAGGAGGAAUUUCACGAAGUAAGUCUGAAGGAAAUUUGUUUGACAUGGAAGCUCAAAAAUCCCCAAGAAAUUUCCAUUUUACAGACUGUCCAGACCCAGGAUUUCUUCUCAAUUGGCCAGAUCCUUUCACACGUCAUGGCAAUAAUUCUUCCAAGGCUACAAAUCCAUUCUGGAAUGAACUGUCUGCUUCUAACCCGUUUUUGGAUGACAUAACUCAGCUAAGAAAUAACCGGAAGAGAGAUAAUAUUUCCAUCUUGAAAGAAGACCCUUUUCUUUUUUUUAGAGAAAUAGAAACUGGAAAUUCUUUUGAUUCCUCUGGUGAUGAACUAGAUGUGCAUCAGUUGCUUAGGCAGUCUUCCUCACAGGCAUCUGGAAGAUCUAAAAGUGUUUCAGAACUUUUGGACAUUUUAGAUGACACAGCACAUGCCCAUCAGAGUACACAUAACUCUGGCCAGAUCUUAGAACAAGACUUAGAAUGGCUUCAGAAUGAUAGAGAGGCUUAUAAAAUGGCUUGGUUAAGUCAACGCCAGCUGGCCCGUUCCUGCCUGGAUUUGAAUAUAAUUAAUCAGAGUCCCGGAUGGGCCCAAACACAAGUUGCAGAGACUAUGGUAGUUUGCAAAUUAAGCCACCAAGGAGGGUCAAUACAAUUACCUGAAUCAGAUAUCACUGUUCAUGUGCCCCAAGGCCAUGUAGCUGUGGGAGAAUUCCAAGAGGUGUCUCUAAGGGCGUUCCUUGAACCUCCACAAAUGCUUAACCAUGAUCUCUCAUGCACCGUAAGCCCACUAUUGGAAAUCAUGUUAGGCAACCUUAACACGAUGGAAGGCAUUUUGCUGGAGAUGAAAAUAGGGGCUGAAGUGAGAAAGGAUCCUUUCAGCCAAGUCAUGACAGAAAUGGUGUGUUUACACAGCCCAGGUAAAGAAGGCCCUUUCAAAGUGUUAAACAACUGUUAUAUUUAUAAAGACAUCAUCCAAGUCAAGCUAACAGACUUGAGCCGGGUGAUGUAUCUCGUGGUUGCUGCACAAAUUAAAGCUAUUCAGUCACCAGCUGCCACCAUUUGGGAUUGUAUCCACAAAACCACCUCCAUUGGAAUUUAUGGACCCAGAUAUAUUCACCCCAGUUUCACUGCUAUUUUCACAGUUUGUGGACACAGUUACAUGCCAGGAAAGCUUACAAUCUCUGGUAUUAAGAAGGGUGGAAAAAACACAUCCCCGGUUGUGUUUCAGCUCUGGGGGAAACAUUCGUUCUCACUUGACAAGCCACAAGAUUUAAAUAUUUCUGUUUCUACAUGUGAUCCUGAUUUUGAAGUAAAGGCAGAAAUAGAAAGGAAAAAAAUUAAACAAAAGCAGUUGCUAGCAGGCGAAGUAGUUAAUCAACAAUUUUUAUUUUCCUUAGUUGACUCCAGAGAAAUGCACUUGUUUGUUUUCCGUGUUCAGGUGGAGCCUCCCAAUGGUAGAGCAGUUACACAGUUCUUUGUCACUACACCUGAUCCAGCUCCAAACCUAAAAAGGCUCUCAACUCUGCCAGGCGAUUUGCAGGAAGAGAAGAAAAUCAAGUCUGCUCCAUUAUUACCAACAGUGUGUGUGAAAUAUCCCACUUUUCAAGAUAAAAAAAUGAACUUUACCAACUAUGGGGUAACCCUGAAGACAGUGCUAAGACAAAAAAAGAUUGACUACUUACUUGAAUAUUUCAAAGGGGACACAGUAGCUCUUAUUGGAGAGGGUAAGGUAAAAGCCAUUGGGCAGUCCAAAGUGAAAGAAUGGUAUGUGGGAGUCCUGAGAGGUAAGGUUGGACUUGUACAUUGCAAAAAUGUCAAGGUGAUUGCAAAAGAACAAGUAAUAUCUAUGUCUGAUAAUGUCUUCACAACCAGAAAUCUUCUUGAACAAAUUACCCUACCCUUUAAAAAAAUGACUUACAUCUACUCAGUUGUAUUGACUUUGGUGUCAGAAAAAGUUUAUGAUUGGAAAGUUUUAGCUGAUGUCUUGGGUUACUCACAUCUGGCACUAGAAGAUUUUGACCAAACACAAGAUGACAAGGAAUCAGAAAAAGUUUCCUAUAUUGUAAAGAAGUUAAAGGAAGAUUGCCAUGCAGAUAAAAAUACCAGGAAGUUUCUUUAUGAGCUUAUUGUGGCUCUGAUGAAGAUGGAUUGCCAAGGGUUAGUAACACAUCUCAUCCAAGAGGCUGCUAUUCUGACUUCAGCUGUCAAGCUUGGAAAAGGCUGGAGGGAACUAGGUGAAAAGUUAGUACGACUCACAAAGCAACAGAUGGAGGCAUACGAAAUUCCUCACCGAGGAAAAGCUGGAGAUGUUACUGUUGAGAUGAUGUGGAAACCUGCCUAUGAUUUUCUCUAUACUUGGGGUGCUCACUAUGGAAACAGCUAUAGAGACGUGGUACAAGACCUUCAAUCGGCUUUGGACAGAAUGAAAAACCCUGUGACCAAACAGUGGCGAGACUUAACUGGAGCUUUAAUACUAAUACAUUCCUUAGAGUUUUUGAGAGCAACUGCAUUCUCGACUUCUGAAGAAGUAUAAAAAUGAAGGAUUUCAAGUAAAGAUGCUCAUCCCACUCCUGGCCUUCCUCAGAGAGACUCUAUGAGAAGAUUUUCUCACCGAU